GAGCGAGCUCUCUCCGGCAUGGCGCCCAGCUUCGCUCGCUCCAUCUCCUUCCCUCUGAGCCCGUCCCGGUCGUCGUCCUCCAAGCAGCCCGCUCGCAUGGCGUCCUCCUACCACGCCCGCUCCGUCAGCCUGCCGUGCCGCUCCCACCCCAUCCUCGCGCACCUCCACACCCACAUCCGCGCCGUGCGCGCCUGGGCGCAGGACCCCACCUCCGCCGCCCAGGGCCUCGCGCACGUCGACGCGCUCCACGCCGCGCUCGGCGACCUCCUCGACUUCCCCGAGGCGCAGGCCGCGCUCUCCGCCGGCGCCGCCAACGACCGCCUCCUCGACGCCUUCCUCCGCCUCGCCGACGCCCACGGCAGCUUCCAGGAGGCCGUCGUCGGCCUCAAGAGGGACGUCGCCGAGGCCCUCGCCGCCAUCCGCCGCCGCGAUGGCGCGCGCCUCGCCUCCGCGCUCAGGUCGCAGCGCAGGGCCGGCAAGGAGAUGGCCCGCCUCGCGGUCGCCGCGAAAGACGGCGCCUGCGGCAGGCCCUCGCGCCUCGGCCUCGGCCUCGGCGGCGGGAGCGCCGCGGAGGUCGAGGUGGCCGGGCUGCUGGCCGAGGCCGCCGCGGCCACCGCGUCCGCGUCCGCCGCGCUGUUCAACACCGUGGCGGCCAUGUCGGCGUCGGCCUCCGCCGCGGCGUGCACCUGCAAGAGGACGGCGGCGCUCAUGUGCCUGAUCAAGAAGGUGCCGGAGGAAGAGAAGGAGACGAUGGCGCUGAUGGAGAGGCUGGAGGAGCUGGAAGAGUGCAUCGACGAGCUGGAGAGCGGCAGCGAAAAGGUGUUCAGGAGCCUCGUGCAGACAAGGGUCGCGCUGCUCAACGUACACACCAACAUCUUCUAGCUCUAGCAACCAAUUGAUCUCGAUAGCUAUAGCAGUCAUCAGAAAUGAAGAAGGAGCUCAAUGCAACUGUAACUCUGUAAAUAUCCGAGGUUUUUGUACAGUUACAUAUGUGCUUCUGACUGCUACUUACACAUCUUCCGCUCCUGAACAUGAAUGUAAACAUGCAUCGAUGUGCAAGUAUGAAAUGCUCAAGUUUUUCCCUCGGGUUUCAUACCGAGGUUUUA